AUGCUUCAUGGUUUACAAUGUAAACCAGCAGUGAAAUUUAUGCAAUUUGUGUUUUCUUUGUGUUCUUUGAUUUUGGAUUUAACUUCUUUUCUAUUUGGAUUAGGGUUUGGCAUGGCGAGAAAACGCAGCAGUAGCGGCGAGUCGAGUGGGGAUGAUGUGAGGAGACGCAGUGGCAGCGAACCUGAGGAUGACGAGAGGGAUAGGUAUCGGCGUGAUAGUGGGAGUGGUAGGAAGAGUUCCAGUCACUUCAGGGAGGAUAGUGAUAGCAGUGUUUCGGGGGAAGAGAGAAAUGGAGCUAAGAGGGACGGUGGAAUGCGGAGUGAUAAGAAGAGGAAGAGUAGGGAGAGAAAGGAAGAGUCGGAGAGCUCAGAGGAGGAGGGUCAGAUUCUAAAUAAAGAGAAGGUUAGAGAAGAGAAAGAAGAGGAUGAGAGAUUGCGGCGGGAUUAUGAUGGACGUGGAGGGAGAGAUGACGAAGGAGAUGGCCGGGGUGGAAGAGAAUCUCGUCGAGGGAAGGAUCAGAGUGAAAGGCGAGGGGAGAAAGAGAGCCACAAAUUGCAUCACAGUGAUAGGUGGCGUGGAGGUGAGGAGGAGAAAAGGAGAAUUAUAGAUAGCCGUGGGCAGCGCGAUUCAGAAGAAGAAGAUCACAGGGAGCAGACCAGGAAAACAGAUAGGUACAGGGAUAGGGAUAGGAGGCGGAAAGAUGAAAAGGGUGGUAACAAUGGGAGGGAUCGACGAAGACGUUAUGAUUCGGAGGAAGAUGAUAGGGAGUUGACAAGGAAAUCAGAUAGGGAUAGGGAUAGGAGACGAAGAGUUGAAAGGGAUGAUGACAAUGAGAGGAAUCGUAGGGAUAAUGAUGUGAUCCAGCAGCACGAAGACAGUAGGAAGAAAGAGAAUGGAAAUGGAAGAAAUGUUGUAGAUGCAAAUCCUCAACGACAGGCAGCGAUCCCAGGAAGUAACCUGAAUGGUGAUGCAUCUAAUUUGGGCAAGAGUGGAGGUGUUUACAUUCCCCCCUUUAAGCUGGCGAUGAUGAUGAAAGAAGUUCAGGAUAAAAGUAGUGUAGAAUACCAAAGGUUAACGUGGGAUGCUCUGAGAAAGAGCAUAAACGGGCUUGUAAAUAAGGUUAAUGCUACAAACAUAAAAAAUAUAAUUCCUGAAUUGUUUUCUGAAAACCUGAUCAGGGGAAGGGGACUCUUUUGUCGGUCAUGUAUGAAGUCACAGAUGGCAUCUCCAGGAUUUACUGAUGUUUUUGCUGCCUUGGUUGCUGUUGUUAAUACUAAGUUUCCUGAGGUGGGGGAUCUUUUGCUAAGAAGGAUUGUUUUGCAGCUGAAGAGAGCUUAUAAGCGGAAUGACAAGCCUCAAUUACUAGCAGCUGUUAAAUUUAUAGGGCAUCUAGUGAAUCAGCAAGUGGCGCAUGAAAUCAUUGCUCUGGAGUUACUCACAGUUUUACUCGAGAAACCUACUGAUGACAGUGUUGAAGUAGCUGUUGGUUUUGUCACUGAAUGUGGUUCAAUACUGCAGGAUCUCUCACCCAAGGGCCUUCAUGGUAUCUUUGAGCGAUUUCGUGGAAUUCUUCAUGAAGGAGAAAUUGACAAACGUGUUCAGUUUCUGAUUGAAGGCUUAUUUGCAAUUAGAAAAGCGAAGUUUCAGGGCUAUCCAGCUGUUCGUCCUGAGCUAGAUCUUGUGGAGCAGGAAGAUCAGUUAACUCAUGAAGUCUCCUUGGAUGAGGAGAUAGAUCCUGAGAUUUCCCUUGAUAUAUUCAAGCCAGACCCCAAUUUCCUGGAGAACGAGAAGCGAUAUGAAGAAUUGAAGAAAACAAUGUUGGGGGAGGAGUCUGAGGAUGAAGAAGAAGGCAUGGACGCUGAGUCAGAUGAUGAAGAUGAAGAGGAUGAGUCCGAUGAAGAGGAUGAAGAACAGAUGCAAAUAAAAGAUGAAACAGAGACAAAUCUUGUCAAUCUUCGUAGGACAAUAUACUUAACAAUUAUGUCUAGUGUUGAUUUUGAGGAAGCUGGCCAUAAGCUUUUGAAAAUUAAGCUUGAGCCAGGUCAAGAGAUGGAAUUGUGUAUUAUGCUUUUGGAAUGUUGCAGCCAAGAGAGAACCUAUCUCCGAUAUUAUGGUCUUCUGGGACAGCGUUUCUGCAUGAUAAACAAAGUACACCAAGAAAAUUUUGAGAAGUGCUUUGUGCAGCAGUACUCUAUGAUUCACCGACUUGAAACAAAUAAGCUGCGCAAUGUGGCAAAAUUUUUUGCUCAUUUACUUGGCACAGAUGCUCUACCUUGGCAUGUUUUAUCAUAUAUACGCCUGACUGAAGAGGACACAACUUCUUCUUCAAGAAUAUUUAUUAAGAUUCUCUUCCAGGAAUUAUCAGAGCAUCUUGGAAUCCGGCUUCUAAAUGAGCGGUUAAAUGAUCCAACAAUGCAAGAAUCUUUUGAAUCUAUAUUUCCAAAAGAUAAUCCAAAAAACACACGGUUCUGCAUUAAUUUCUUUACAUCCAUUGGUCUUGGUGGUCUCACUGAGAACCUACGUGAGUAUUUGAAGAAUAUGCCACGUCUUAUCAUGCAACAACAGAAACAAGUUUCAGAAUCUGAAUCAGAUGACGAGUCAGGGAGUUCUGAUUCAUCAGAUUCUGGAACAGCUAGUUCAGAAAAGUCAGACUCAGAUUCAGCAAGUUCUGAUGAAAGUGACAGUAAGAGUGACAGAAGACAAAGAAAGCGGAGGAGAAAGUGA